GAUGGCUCGGUUCGGAGAGGUAGUGGCUGGCAGACUGAGUUCUGGAGAUGGGGGAUCAGAAAGGAGCAAGACCCUUCAAGGCUCUCCAGCUGCUCCGGUGGGAACCCAAGCAGCCUUCAAACAGUCCAAAGCUCAAAGGGCAAGGACUAUGGCUUUAUACAACCCUAUCCCGGUCAGACAGAACUGUUUCACG